AGGAGGAGGAGGGAUCAGGCGGGCGGCGGGGAGGCGGAGAAGGGAGGCAAGAAAGUAGCAGAAAGUGAGGCUGGCAGCCCGCUGCAAAGGAGCCGGGCGAGCAACAGCGGCGGCAGGAAGUCUGUGCCCGAGAAGAGCAGAAAUAAGAGCCAGGGAGGGACCGCGGCGGCGGCGAGAGUGAAAGAGGAAACUGCAGAAGAGGAAGCUCUGCCGCAGCACCAAGUCUCCUCCGGCUCCCGCGCCGAGCAUCCCCGCGCCGCCCGCCCCGGCCCUCUCGGACCCUCCUGCGCCUCCGCCACCGGGCGCCCCCUCCUCAGUGCGCCCGCCCCUGCCCCACGCGCCCGGCCACGCCGCCUCGCCGCCUCGCCGCCUCGCUGCCCUCGUCUGCCAUGGCCCGGGAGAACGGCGAGAGCAGCUCCUCCUGGAAAAAGCAAGCGGAGGACAUCAAGAAAAUUUUCGAGUUCAAGGAGACCCUUGGAACCGGGGCGUUUUCUGAAGUGGUCUUAGCCGAAGAGAAGGCAACUGGAAAGCUGUUUGCGGUGAAGUGCAUCCCUAAGAAGGCGCUGAAAGGCAAGGAGAGCAGCAUCGAGAACGAGAUAGCCGUUCUGAGAAAGAUUAAGCAUGAAAACAUUGUUGCCCUGGAAGACAUUUAUGAAAGCCCGAAUCACCUGUACCUGGUCAUGCAGCUUGUAUCUGGAGGAGAGCUGUUUGAUCGGAUAGUGGAGAAAGGAUUUUACACAGAGAAAGAUGCCAGCACUCUGAUUCGCCAGGUCUUGGAUGCUGUCUACUAUCUCCAUAGGAUGGGCAUCGUCCACAGGGACCUCAAGCCUGAAAAUCUGUUGUACUACAGUCAAGAUGAGGAAUCCAAAAUAAUGAUCAGUGACUUUGGAUUGUCCAAAAUGGAGGGUAAAGGUGAUGUGAUGUCCACAGCCUGUGGGACCCCUGGCUAUGUCGCUCCUGAGGUCCUCGCCCAGAAACCUUACAGCAAAGCUGUUGACUGCUGGUCCAUCGGGGUGAUUGCCUAUAUCUUGCUCUGUGGCUACCCUCCUUUUUAUGACGAAAAUGACUCCAAGCUCUUUGAACAGAUCCUCAAGGCCGAAUAUGAGUUUGAUUCGCCCUACUGGGAUGACAUCUCUGACUCUGCUCAGGAGAGGAUCAGGCUGAGGCUCCCCAGGGAAAGCAGUGCCAGUGUCGGAGUCCCCCAAGAAACCCUUUUAAAGAAGCCUCUUUGCCUCUGUUUCAGGAUCGCAGGUGACACCGCCCUCAACAAAAACAUCCACGAGUCCGUCAGCGCCCAGAUCCGGAAGAACUUCGCCAAGAGCAAAUGGAGACAAGCAUUUAACGCCACAGCCGUCGUGAGGCAUAUGAGAAAACUCCACCUUGGCAGCAGUCUGGACAGUUCAAAUGCAAGCGUUUCCAGCAGCCUCAGUCUGGCCAGCCAAAAAGAUUGUCUGGCAUCCUCCACGCUCUGUAGUUUCAUUUCCUCUUCGUCAGGGGUCUCAGGAGUGGGAGCAGAGCGGAGACCGAGGCCCACCACUGUGACGACAGUGCACUCUGGAAGCAAGUGACUGGCUCUGGAGGUGGGGCCCAGGGGGUGGGGCCUCAGGUGGGGCAAGGGAAGGGGGCCCCUGGGGGCCUCCUGUGCCACUAGCCACGCCAGAGUGAUCCCACCUCGCAUGGUGCGCCUUCCUGCACAGGACUGGAAGACAGAAGUUUUUUUAUGGCCAUAUUUUAUACUGCAAUUCUGAAAUGUUCAUUUCUCACAAACUGUACUGACUCAAGGGAGCUGAUUUAAUAGGAUCUGGUGCUGUAUAUAUGAAUCUUGCAAAGCUCAAAUGGAACGGACUUUCUUCGUCCUCUCCCCAACUCCUGUCAUUUCCGCUCUUCUCAGUAUAGGUAACCAUCUAUAUUGUAUUUUUUUUUAUUAAUGACAAAAAAGGUUUCAACUGGAUUAUUUAAGUAUUGGUAAAUAUUGUGCAUUAGGGUUUCAUUUUUUUUCUUUUUAAGAAAUAUGUCCUUGCAAUCUAUACUUCUUUGUUACAUGGCCUAUAUCUUUUGCUCGUCAGUAUACAGUUCUGUGUUAACCUUUACGAGAUUUUUUUUUUUUCUCCACGGUGAAUUUAAAGGUAUUUUUAAAAAUUCUAAAAAGAGGAUCGAGAAUCUGUCUCCAAGGCAAAGAGUGCACUUUACUUCUCUUCCUUCUCCUUCUGUCUCCGUCCUUGGAGGGGCAGCUCUCUAAGAAGACAAUUCAGCAGUUCUGCAGGGCUGUCUUCUCUCUGGGCCACUUUGGGAGGGAACCUGCAGAAAACCUUUCCCGGCAACUCCUUCAGCAAACCCCUCGCCAACCAGAGAUGCUAGGGCCCUUGACAUCAGCGGCCAGAAAUUAAGAAGCCUGCUCCCCCAGAAACUAAAGGCUGAACUUCAAAGGCUGGACUUGCUGUGGAGGAGAUGCCCACCCAGCAGAUAUUUAAGGAUCUCCCCUACGAAGAUGCCAUUUUGUUUAAAGUGAACCUCCCAGGCAGCUCUCAUUUCUCAUGAGGGGUCACCCAUGAACGCUCUGCUCUCAGCUAUGCAGUUUUCAAAUUAAUCUCUCUCUGUUUUCUUAAAAAUGCAUUUCUAAUCUUACACUUAAAAUGGCCUCCAACUCACAUAAGUUGUUUCUGCACAUCUUUACCCUGUUCUUGUACGAAUGUUAUCUGGAGGAGGAAAGGGAAAUGGCCUAGGAAAAUAGUUUAUGUGGGGUAGUAAGGAGAGGUGACCUGCCAAGCAAGUGAUGGCCAGACACCACCUCAGCCAGGCCCAGCCGGCACCUGAAGCCGUCCCUCUGACCAGGGCUAUCUGAAAACCAAAGACCUGUGGUGGGGGCGGGGGUCACCAAAGGUCCCAGUCUACCCGGGACUGAAGGAUUUCCCAGGAUGUAGGCCUUGCAGUGCUCACGCUGUCAGUGAUCCAGGCAAAUGGCCACGUUGUUCAGCCAAAUGGUAGGUAGGUGUGCAGGACACAGCAGUCGCAGGGUGAAACCCAGGGCAAAGCACUUCUCAAGGAGACUUCAAGGAUGCUGUCCUGUCGAUGCAAGCAGGUGACUCCAAAUGCCAGCUUUGCAAAAGCCGUUCCUCGGCCCUGUGGCUAUGUGAGUCUGCAUUGUACAGUCAGCACCAGCUGGCUGUGUGUCCCUGAGGUCUGCCUGAGAGUCCAGUGACAUUCUUGGCUCUUGUCCUCAUGCCCUUCUCCUGCAGUUGGCCAAACGUGGCAGGUCCUAUUGGUUAAGCCAUCUUUAUCACUUCCACACCCUUGCCUAUGUCCAGGCCAAAUGUUUCGGGAUAGCUGUCCCCAGCGCACGUGCGCACACACACACACACACACACACACAAUCACACAAUCACAAUGUUAUGAGGUUCAGCAGCUUAAUUCAGCCUCCUUUAGGACAGCAGUGCAGACAUGCAUAAGAAUAGCGGGAAAGACAGGCAGCUGGUCUACCCCAUUCCCACAUGCAUCAUAGGCACUCAGCCCCUGGGCAGGAAUCCUGCUUGCUGUCUGCCACACAUGCACCCAGAGUGAAAUCAGGCAAUCACUCUUUAGAAUCUGUAAAACGCCUGGGAAAACCUAUCACAUGACAAUAGACCCAGUUAAGAAACAAGUACCGCCUGAGUUGGAUAUACAUCCACCCCCCACAUUUAGGGCAAUAGCGUGAAUCUUGUAAAGGGAGUCUGAGGAAACAGAGGCAUCUCUCCAGGGCAUUCAGUAGGAUGUCGCUUACUGACAAGUGUAAUGGAACUUUCAGGUUUCUACAGUAUAAGAAAACCAGUAAUUAGAUGUCACAUUAGCAUGAAGUUGGUACCUAUAGUGUGUGCCUGCAUAGUCAUCAGCUCUUUGUACUGUGUGCGAUACGCAAGCAGUUGCACUGGGAAAGCAACAUGUGAAGCCAAAGUCUGUUACUGAUGAUUACGUGAUUUUCUGGAGCUGAUAUGUGGGGUGUGUAUUCUAUCCAGUUAGUUUGAAAGUAUGUCCUGCCUGAAAAGUGCAGCUGGAAGGUGGGCCCUGCCGCUGGCGUCCUCUUUGCAGUUCAGGUCAGCUCUCAGCCAUGCUUGGCCUGUGACACGUCAGGUCUCAGUCACAUAGUGGGAGGAGGAGAUGGCGACUGGUUUCAGCCCGAAGGUUGAACUUGACAUCGGGCAAGUCCCUACUGUCUCAAUGCCGCCAGACUUAGAUUAUUUCCUAUUGUUUUAGGAAGAGAAGAAAAUGAGCAUAUGGAAGAACUUUUGCUCUUUUGAGAGAGCUUGAGUUGUAUAAGGAUAGAGGCUGUCUUUCAACUAUAUCUGGUAUUCCGUAUGCUUCAUUACAACACAGGAAGAGAACCCAGAAUGUGCCUUUUGUUAAGACCUGCCGAGUGGGGAGGCACAGUCCUAGCACUCUCACUGAUGCCAAAUUCCAUCAGUAGUUGCUGAGCUUUCUAUGUCCACUGGCCUCCGAGCCAGUGUGUGUGGACCCCCGGCCCCAUCACAGGCUCCCUUCCAGCCCCAGCUCCCCGGCCCCCCACAUUGGUCACCUCACCUUCUCAGAGCAAGUGGGUUUUCUUUCUCACUUGAAUGUUACAUUUUGAAAUAGUGUCCUCAAAUUGUCUUUCCCUCAGCCACCUGCCUGUCCCUCCCUCGCUUCCCUGACCUUCGUCUCAUCUGUGAGGCCGUAAGAGAAGCUGGCAUUUGCCUGAAAUGAGCAGGGAGUUCAUGCCCACAUGCAGGUCCCCAACAGAGCGGCAGCUCGUGGCUCUUCACCAGUCCCUGGAGUCUGGACUGUUCACUGCCCGCCCUCAGUGGGCACUCUGGGCUCUGGAGUGUCGGCUUUGGGUGGGGAAGAGGACCUGGAGCAGCUGGGGGGGGGCGGUGCCUGCCUACGUAAGGUGCUCACGACUAUGGAAAAUUCUCACGCAAUGAAGGUGCCCAGAUGGACCCACAGCAGUGCCAGGGAUGCUCGUGACUGUUGCAGUAGGCAGUUUUCACCACCUCUUACUGCCUCUGGCUCCACGGGAGAAUAGAAAGGACAUGUCCCCCUUCAUGUCCCCUUUUUGUCGUUGUUGUUUAAGAAAAGAACUAUGCAGAAAGCAUGCCCUCACUGCCCCCCAAAAGCAGGCGUGGCUUCGUGUUCUUGACUAUGGCAGUGAUUUUAGUCACUUCUAAAACCUCACGUAAGAACAGGGAGCAGCUCCCCCUGGCACAGGAGCUUGUGACCUUUGAGAGGGUCCCACUCUCCACCUGGCUCUAAGCAUAGUGUCCAAGGAACUCAACAGUCCAGUUUGGGUUAGAAGAAGACACCUUUAGCUGAACGGGCCGGGCCUGAGCCCGUCUGACUCAGGUUACCCGCCCGCCCAGCACUAAUCUCAUCUUGUUCACUUGUCUACCUUGGUGUCCAACAUGUCCUAGAUGGAUUGUGGGUAGAAGGGGAGGACUCUCCUUUAGAACAAAGGCCAAGGACACCAGGGACAAAGGGGAAGGGAGCCCAAGGCAUCCCUCCUGAAAGGGGGCUGAUCCACUAUCUUGAGGAGUGACAGCUUAAUCUGAUUAACCCACUGGGGCUUGACAUCUCAUGAGCAAUUCCAAACAAAGGAAAGACCAUGUCUCAGUGGAAAUAACUCAGUAUGUUAAGGCUUUGGCCACCGUGGCCCUGUGGCCCACCUAGAGCCGUGGCCACUAUUGGUCUUCACACUGGAGAAGCCACGCUGGUGCCAUUGUCGUUCCAGGGCUGAAGACAGGAGAACAGGGGUCACUGGUUCUGAGCUCCAGCCAGCAACACUCCCUACUGUGUGAUUUCCACUGCACUGCACUGCACUGCACUGCACUGCACUGCACUGCGGGGUUUCCUUUGGAUCUGAGAAAGGGCAAGGGCCAGCAAAGGGCUGUUCCUCCCGCUUCCAUAAACAGAAAUAAGAUGCACUCUUUCCCAGGGGCUCACAGUCACUUCUGGCAAGUGAGAGGAAGGUCCUCGGACUCAUCCAAAUGCACGAAGCCUCCGCAUGUUCCCCUAAAACGACGGCACCUCCCCGUCCUGUUUACUCACACCCUGCAAAGUUUGCCUUCUCCUUAAACACAUUCCAGACCAAACACUGUUCUGUCUGUCUUCACAAAAAGAAACAAUGUAUAUACCUGUAUGUAACCCACCACUCUUUUGGGGGGGGGGGCACCUGGUCCUUGGUUGAGGCUGCAAGUGUACCUGGCAUUUGCAAACAAGCGUUGCACUCCUGUGAUUUUCAGAAUUGAAGAUGUUAAGAUAGAAAAGGUGAAGUGGGUGAACAGAUUCCCCAAAGGAGGGUGACUUAUUUCCUGAAGACUCGAGAAAACUAGUCUGCAGAUGAGUUCGCUUGAACAGCUCUGCCGUGGACAGCAGGCUGGGGCAGUGAGAGGAGGGCAGAGGCCCAAGCCCCCUUCAGCCCAAACCUUUAUUGCGGCCCCUGUGCAUCGUGCUGUGCAGUCCGGGCUUGGGCACAGGAGCCCAGCCCCACUGUGAGGUCAGCCUGCAUGCCAGCCAAGGCCUGGCCCACCACGGGAAGGCACGUCAGCCCUCCCAGCCCCCCGAGUCCUCCCCCACCACCAGCAGCAGCAGGGGCAGCUCGGCUUGUGGCUCUGGGGGGUGGGGGGCGGGGGCACUUCAAUGAACCCAAAGCCUGUGCGUUUGGCAGCCAAACCCACAGCAUGUGGCUGCCAGGGCUGGUUUUGUGGACAAUGCAAAGCGUGGAAUGGCUUCUCUGUAUCUUCCUACACCAAAGGGACAAACUGUUGCGUUCACCCUUUGUACUAACGCUGCUUCUGCAUUCGCCAUACCUAUUUUUAACCUUUUGGUCUCCAGGGAACUUCUUCUACGAUGACUAUGACUUCUGAUUAUUUACGGAAUCAUUUUACUUAGAGGUGAUUUUAUUUUCUUAUGGAUAGGAAAAAAGAAAAUGAGAGGCGUGUUUGAGGAUUUAGUCAUAGCGGUGAAACGUCACCAGGGACUCAAAUGCCCCAAAUACUGGAUAAAUUACUUCUCAAAGGAAAACCUUAACCUGGACAGAAUGAGGUUCCCAGACCCUCAUGGUAGGUCUGCACUUUGGGGAAGAAGCAGAGGUACUGGGGUAGCUCUGGGAACCAGACUUACAAAAGAGGGACAGACAGACAAACAGAAAGAGAGAAGAAAGAGGAUGUUUGUGCCUGUCCUUCCCGGGGGCACUUGGCCUUCAGAACUGUGUGAGAUACUGUCCAAAUGGCUUCGAUGUGGUGUUCUCAAAGAUGGGGCUGCAUGUUUCAGAGAGCGUUUAUGCCGGUCCCAUGUUCAGGUUGGAAGACACAAAAGGUACAUUCUGUCCAGAAUCAAAAUUUGGAACAAUUUCACACAAUUGGCUUUAGUCCCUAUACACAAUGUCGUCAACCUUCUUGCAGCUCUCCCAACACUAAGCAUGUUUUCCAAAAGCUUCCAACGUCGAACCCAGGAAUGUCCCCGUGUCUAUAUUACCAGGCUUGCGAUUGGUUCCAUUUUUCCAUAAAAACAUGCUUGUCCAAAAGAAGGGGAACUGUGCAUUUAUUCCAUGCAUGUAAUAAACUCUGCAAGAAGUUUAACCCACCUCAGUUUGUGGCUCUGCAAAAUUGUGAACAGGCCUAUGUAACAAGUGAAUCUCUGCCUUGACAAUCAUGUACACUUAUCAAGAUGUCUUUCAUAAUGACAACGAGACCGAUGACUUCUUGUUUUCCUUCAAUAAAGACGAUUAAUCACC